AAUGGUCUGCUAAUUCAGAUGGUGGUACGGCUGCUUGGAGUGAAGACGUGUCUUGUUGAGCUGUGCUUGGAAAGUGUGUUGACGUUGGUGCUUGACAGUCACAGUUGAUGUCGCAGUAAGUGUAUGUACAUGUCCUGGAAGAGCAGUAGUAGCCGUGGAGUGCCCAUGCUCCGCCAUGCCUUCUCUUGAUGGUGAGGCCGCAGCAGGAUACAGCGGCGCCAGCAGCAUGAGCGGGGUGAGCGCAGCGCCGGUGGUGGAGGCCAGUUUCCUGUGCGAGGCGCUGCGGCAGGCGCAUGGCGUCGAGGAGAUACUGGUGCUAGAUUGUCGAGGUGCGGACGACUACGCUGCGGGUCACAUCCGCGGCGGCGUCAGUGUGGGUCUACCGUCCCUUAUGCUGCGGCGCCUGGCCUCCGGCAAGCUGAGUCUCCCGCAGGUGGUGCGGCACUUGGCCUCUGACGGCGGCGACCGCCUGGCCAGACUGCACCAGUGUGUCCCCAUCGUCCUCUACGACCACGCCCACGCCUACAACCCUCACACGCCCACCCUCAUGAGCAUCCUGUGCCGGAAGUUCAAUCAGGAAGGGUGCAGCGCGCACUGCUUGUCAGGAGGAUACGAUGAGUUCCGGUCGCGGUUCCCAGAGUGGUGUGAGUCCGUGCUGCCCUCGGAGCCGCCCAUAGUGGGGUUGAAGAGCCUGCGUAUCACCUGCUUGGAGGAGGAGGGGGUGGUCGAGGGCGCGUGCGACUCCUCCCUAGGGAGAGACAUGCCCCUCGACGACCUCGGCUUCCCUGUCGAGAUCCUUCCUCACCUCUACCUGGGCAAUGCCAAGAACUCCGGUGACCGCGACGCUCUCAAUAGACAUAAGAUACGGUACAUCAUCAACGUCACCCCCAACCUGCCUAACGUGUUCGAGGAGAGUGGGAGCUACAAGUAUAUGCAGAUCCCCAUCGCCGACCACUGGAGUCAGAACCUGGCCUCCUUCUUCCCCAAGGCUAUCCAGUUUAUCGAGGAGGCGCGGGAAUCUGGCGUUGGUGUGCUGGUGCACUGCCUAGCGGGGAUCUCUCGCUCCGUCACCAUAACUGUCGCCUACCUCAUGUACAAGGAGAAGCUCAACCUGGAGGAGGCGUACGAGUACGUGCGCGUCAAGAAGGCCAACAUCGCCCCCAACUUCAACUUCAUGGGUCAGCUGCAGGACUUCCAGCAGCAGUUGAACCUGUCACCACACAAGUGCCAGUGCGUGUCAGAGUGCCGCUGUCGCCACCUCCACUUCCUUACCCCUGCCCGCACUUCCCCUGACUCGGGCAUCGAGUUCGACCGCUUCUCCUGAGGACUGACCCCCGCUGCCUCCACGCCCGCUGGCGGUUUCCCUAGGCUCGCCAUAGAGUCGCCGCAGCCGCCCUCCACGCCGCCCGCGGGUCUGCAGGCAGUGGCUACCGCCCCUACCCAGGGACUGGCUUCACCCUGUCGCUCCCAUCUAGAAGAGGAGGCUCUACACGAAGAGGAGGAAGAGAGAGAGAGAAAAACGAGGAUAGCAGCCUCCCCAUCUGAGUAGCCCCGGCGGCGAUUGCCCCAUCCAAGUGCCAAAGGUGAACCUCCCCUUCGUCGGCUCCACACCUGCCCCGGCUGACCCUGGGGGAUGGCCGUGGGGCACCACACACGGCGGGGGAGAUCAGGACCAACCUGCGGCCCCCCUCGCCAUAAUCCAAACUCCCAGGUACAAAUUUCUCGACGAGUGAUCUCGCUUAUUUCGGGGAACCUCAGCGUCCUGUGACAGCAGGUGGCGAGGCGGCAGAGCUGCUGCUGCCUCCCGCAUGGCUGUCUACCAGACGCUGGCUUCAUUCACAGGAAAAUAUCUUUAUUUUUAAGGAGGAUAUAUAAAACAGUUAUGUGGAAGUGUGUGGUGAAGGGUUGCCACAGUGCCCUCUGACUAGUGUGUUCAUCAGGGGUUAUGUUCAGCCAGUUUAAAAGUGGUAUGUGAAAGUUUGCAACUCAACUCGACUCGUACAAACUCAGUUGCCAGGACAUCCAACACUACCAAAAUAUGGAACUCAAAAAAUAAAUAUUUAUUAAGCAAAACACUUAAAAUUACAAAUAGUGAUAUAGAUCUCACAGUAUUUUCAUACCAGAUAUGAAGAAAAAAGCAUUGUUGGUGAUUUUGUUUCCCCCUUCUGAGAACACUGAAAUGUUUUUAGAAGGCCAGACUGACAGCCUUGUGUGUGUUGUACCUCGGUGUUGUUGGUCGUUAUGCUCAACGUGUAGCAGCAUCUUCAGUUACCGCCGACGCCUUCUGAGAGCUACCACCUCCCGAGGUCUUGCUGGGUUUUUCUCCCGCUGGUUCAUGUAGGGAUCCUGGGCCUUUAGGAAGUUUGAAGGUCCCUGGAAUACACUCAUCCGAAAUGCUGUGUGUCCUGGGCCUUUGGACAAGGCUGUAGGAUCCUAGGAAACGUUCUUGGUGGAAUAUUGUUAUAUGGUCAGCAAGUUUUGAAAACCUUGUAAUGCACUCUAGCCAAAACACACACACACACACACACACACACACACACACACACACACACACAUAUACACACA